GGGGAGAGAGAGAGAGAGAUGCGUUCUUGCGGCAUCAGAGGUGUCAUUCGCCACCAUCUGGCGUGGCUGGUGCUAAUUUUGUGCUCAUGGCAGGUUGCAGCUGCUCAGGCUCAGCAAGCACCAAAAACCGAUCCAGUCGAAGGUAGGCGUAUAGAUGGCCAAAUGGGCCGCCCGGCCCGGCCCGGCCCAAGCAUGGCCGUGCCUAGGCCAAGGCUUAUUGGGCCGGCACGGCCCGACCAACACACCGGGCCGUCCCGUGCCAGCCCACGGGCGGCAUCCACGGCCCAGGCACGGCCCAAUACUACUCGGGCCGUGCCGGGCCGGCCCGAAGGCACGAUGGUCCAUCGUGCUUCCUCAUAGAAAAAGUCUAUUUUUGGUCGCUCAACUUUGUGGGCUGUGUUUAAAUGGCUGGAAAAUAAGUCUAUUUUGUAUACCUCUUAUCUUGGGCCUUGCCUUAUAUGAUUAUUUAAGUCUAUUUUAAAUCCCUAUAUUUUUUUUAUUUGACCGGGCCGUGCCGUGCCGGCCCAGCGUGCCGAAGGUGCGGCCCAAGCACGGCCCGGCUGUCGGGCUGGGCUGGCACGGGCACAACCCCAGUCAGGCCAUGCCGUCCUUGGCCAAACAGCCGUGCUUUGGGCCGGGCCGUGGGCCACGGGCCAUAUGGCCAUCUAUAGCGGCUGCUCUGAACACGAUACUGGGGAGAUGGGGCAAGAAGGCAUCGCCGGAGUGGAACAUCAGCGGCGAGCUCUGCAGCGGUUUUGCCACUGAUAAAACUGACUGGGAUUACUACCCCAACAUCAACCCGUUCAUCAAGUGCGAUUGCACGGACAGCAACAACACCCUCUGCCACAUUACCAGACUGAGGGUAACUAAUUUGAAUGUAGUUGGUCAAAUACCUACGGAGCUACAGAAUCUCACACAUCUAGUGGAUCUGAACUUUCGGAAUAAUUACUUGACUGGUCCCAUUCCACCAUUCAUCGGGAAAUUUACUUCAAUGCAAUACUUGUCAUUAUCUUUGAAUCCACUAUCUGGACUACUUCCAAAGGAACUAGGAAACCUCACCAAUCUUGUUUCAUUGGGCAUUGGCUCAAACAAUUUUACAGGAGGCCUUCCUGAAGAACUGGGUAACUUGACCAAACUUCAGCGAUUGUACAUUGAUAGUUCUGGAUUCAGUGGUCCGUUCCCUUCAUCGUUCUCAAAACUUCAGAACCUGAAUACAUUGAAAGCAUCAGAUAAUGGAUUCAAUGGGAAAAUACCUGAAUAUUUGGGCACAAUAACUAAUUUGGUAGAAAUCCCUCACUCAAUAGAAAUGCGCAUAUAUGCAUCACAUGCUUUGUACGGAAACUCCUUUGAAGGACCAAUUCCAGAAAGUCUGUCUAAUCUGGCCAAAUUAAAAACCUUACGGAUUGGAGAUAUUGUAAAUGGGAUCUCUCCACUGGCUUUUAUCAGUAAUAUGACAUCCCUGAGCACCAUAAUAUUGAGGAACUGCAAGAUAUCUAGUGAUCUCGGAGCAAUAGAUUUUUCCAAGUUUGAACAUUUAGAAUUGCUGGACCUGAGUUUUAACAAUAUCACCGGGGAAGUUCCUCAAUCCAUCUUGAAUUUGGGAAAUCUCAAGUUCUUGUUUCUUGGGAACAAUAGCCUUACAGGAAGGUUGCCAGAUGGUAUAAGCUCUUCAUUAAAAGCGAUAGAUUUUUCAUACAACCAACUCACUGGGAGCUUUCCUUCUUGGGCUAGCCAAAACAAUUUACAGUUGAAUUUGGUGGCAAACAACUUCUUACUCGAGAGCACCAGUGACAGUACGCUACCUUGGGGACUAAACUGCCUCCAGCAAGACACCCCUUGUUUCCGUGGGUCACCAAAAUAUUAUUCCUUCGCAGUUGACUGUGGCAGUAAUGGAUCUACAAGAGGCUCAGAUGACACUAUUUAUGAAGCAGAUCCUACAAAUCUUGGAGCUGCAACAUAUUAUGUUACUGGUCAAACAAGAUGGGGUGUCAGUAGUGUAGGGAACUACUUCCAGAGAGAAGAUGCAAAGAAUAUUAUAUAUAGCUCCCAAAAUUUUCAAAAUGUAGUUCAUUCAGAAUUGUUUCAAACUGCAAGGAUGUCACCAUCAUCUCUAAGGUACUACGGCCUUGGACUUGAGAAUGGAAAUUACACUGUUUUGCUCCAAUUUGCAGAAUUUGCUUUUCCUGACUCACAGACUUGGCUAAGCUUAGGUAGAAGAGUUUUUGACAUAUAUAUCCAGGGUGCUCUAAAAGAAAAGGAUUUCGAUAUAAAGAAAACAGCAGGUGGAAAAUCUUUUCGCGUAGUUAAUAGGAGUUUCAUGGUAACUGUGUCUAAAAACUUCCUUGAGAUCCAUCUAUUCUGGGCUGGCAAGGGCACAGAUGCCAUACCUAUUAAAGGUUACUAUGGGCCAAUGAUCUCAGCAUUGAGGGUCACUCCAAAUUUUACUCCUACCGUGCGAAAUGGCAUACCAAAAAGGGAAAGUAAGGCAGGUGCAAUUUCCGGAAUAUUGAUUGGUGCAAUAGUUUUAGUAUUAGCAGCAUUAUUUGGAGUAUUUACACUGAUAAAGAAGCGGAGAGCAUUGGCACAACAGAAAGAAGAACUAUACAACCUGGUUGGACGACCUGAUGUUUUCAGUUACGCUGAGCUCAAGCUAGCCACAGACAAUUUCAAUUCUCAAAAUAUUCUAGGGGAAGGAGGAUUCGGGCCAGUGUAUAAGGGUAAGCUACCUGAUGAAAGAGUUAUAGCUGUGAAGCAACUUUCUCAGUCAUCUCAUCAGGGGACAAGCCAAUUUGUGACAGAGGUUGCGACAAUUUCAGCUGUUCAACAUCGGAAUCUUGUGAUAUUGCAUGGAUGCUGCAUUGACAGUAAAACACCCUUGUUGGUUUAUGAGUACCUUGAGAAUGGAAGCCUGGAUCGAGCAAUCUUUGGUGACAGCAACUUAAACCUAGACUGGGUAAUGCGCUUCGAGAUCAUUUUAGGAAUAGCAAGAGGCCUAAUUUAUCUUCAUGAAGAGUCAAGUAUACGCAUUGUGCAUAGAGACAUCAAAGCUAGUAAUGUUCUACUUGACACUAAUCUCGUUCCAAAGAUCUCUGACUUUGGACUUGCCAAACUCUAUGAUGAAAAUCAAACUCAUGUGAGCACUAGAAUUGCGGGCACAUUGGGUUAUCUAGCUCCUGAGUAUGCAAUGAGAGGCCAUUUGUCAGAAAAGGCUGAUAUUUUUGCAUUCGGAGUGGUCAUGCUGGAGACUGUCGCUGGGCGACCAAACACCGACAACUCCCUCGAGGAAAGCAAGAUCUGUCUCCUUGAAUGGGCAUGGGGCCUGUAUGAAAAGGAUCAAGCACUUGGAAUUGUUGACCCAAGUCUCAAGGAAUUUGGCAAGGAUGAAGCUUUUAGAGCCAUAUGUGUUGCACUUGUCUGCACUCAGGGCUCACCGCACCAGCGACCGCCAAUGUCGAAGGUUGUGGCAAUGCUGACUGGAGAUGUCGAUGUGGCUAAGGUGGUCACCAAGCCGAGCUACAUCACUGAGUGGCAGCUUAGGGGUGGUGGGAACAGCAGCAACACCACUAGCAGCUAAGCAGAAGUUUGUCUCCAGGUUAAGUGAAUUUAAAGUAGAAAAUGCAUGGGUCAUCAAGAUUGGUUUGCGACAAUAUUGUAUGUCUUUUUCUAAAAAAUAAUUAUGUGUUGACUAAAUUACAGCAAAUAAUGGAAUUACUUAUCCUUAACUCGGUCCUGGUAAUAAAAGUUUGCUCCUAAUAAUUUGUAAAUGGUGAAUAACCGUGGUGUAUUCAAUACUCAAUAAAUGUUAAUAGAUAACCCUCAAUCUGUAAUGGCCAGUGCAAUGCAGAGGUAAAAUUCUGUCCCAUUGUUAAUUUCAUGAAGAGCUGUCUCUCCCAUACUUUUUUCAGAUUUUUAUUUAAUUUCUAAAAGUUGUAGUACAAACUAGUACCAAAACAUUUAUUAAUCAUUACAAACCAGUACUAACGUGUUUUGAAAGGUUUUAAAAUCCAUUUGCGAAAGGUUUUAAAAUCCAUUUGCGAACUCCUCCUACGUACUAGUACGAAUUUGUGAAAUUCCGGGUUAGAACCCGCUAACAUGUAUGUUUUGAAAAUGGGUUGAUAAAAUUUAAAAUUUGAUAGAUAUGAGAGGUUGAACACUUCAUCAUUAUAUUUCUGUACCAUAAAUAAUAUUGGUGGCGUUUUGAACUCCUCUAUCAUGAUAUUUCAAAAUUGUACCGAUAUGGUAUAGAACGGGUAGAUUUGGGACAGGUUAGUAAUUGUUGUGCGUAAACCCUGGAUUUAUUGCUUAGAUCAAUCAUAUAAAAUUCGUAUGGCCUCUGGAUCACUUUAACUUCACAACAUUAAAAGAUGAUGAAAGUAGGAAACUUAAAACGUACUCUAAGAUUUAUGUUGCGUUGGUUGUGGGGGACACAGAGAAACCAGGCUACAUCUCUUCUUCACCUGCCCGUUCAGUGUAAGAUGUUGGUAACAUCUGGGAAUCACAUGGAAUCAACACAUGAGUUCUUUCAAAUGAAUGUCUUAGUAAGGCUGAAUUUUGCCAGAAAGGGUUUCUUGGAAAUUUUCUUUAUUGCCUCUUGGCACAUCUGGAAGCAGAGAAAUGGGUUUAUUUUUCAGAAUAUUUCCCCUCCUUUUCAAUCAUGGAGAAACCAUUUCAAGAACAAAAUUCUUCAGUAUAUCUGCAGAAUGAAGGAUCCUUUAAAGCAAUUAGUUUUUGACUGGUUACAAACUUUGUAAUCUUUUGUGUUUCCCUGUAACUUUUGUACAUAUUUGCUCUAUGUAAUGAAAAUAUACUACUAGACAAUGCUCUGGUAGUUUU